AUGCACAUCUCGUGGCCCCCUGUCAUAUUGUCCUUGUUGCUACUGGCCAUCUCGUUCAAAUCUACUACAUCUGCACCCGACCCUUCCCAUCGAAAGUGCCGGUGCCUGCCCAACGAUCCAUGUUGGCCAUCCGCGCAGACCUGGAGUUCAUUCAAUCAGAGUGUCAAUGGACACCUAAUUAGUCUUCGGCCCAUCGGCGCCGUCUGCCAUGGCCACGAGUUCAACGAGGCCGAAUGCGCUUUGGCCCAGCAAAACACCUACAAUGCGCAGUGGCGGGCUUCGCAACCAGGUGCACUGCAAUCAACAAACUGGGAGAGCAGGAGCCAAACCCUGCUGGACUGCGACCUCAACUCUCCCCGCGAAGCCCCCUGCACCCAAGGCCGGAUCCCCGUCUACACUGUGUUGGCCGAAUCAGCAGAAGAGAUUCAAACGGCCGUUCGCUUUGCAAGGGACCAAAAUCUCCGCGUUGUUAUCAGGAACACAGGCCAUAACGCACUCGGACAAUCUUCCGGCCCGGGUUCCUUGCAGAUAAACACCAGCCGACUCAAGAGAAUUGAGCCGGUGCCUGACUUCAUUCCACAAGGGAUUGGUGCGUCAGUGGGACAAGCGGCGACUCUUGGGGCGGGUGUUCUCGCACUGGAGGUAGCGCAGGUUGGGCUGGACCAGGGAUUCACUUCCAUUAUGGGGCUGUGCAAUACCGUCGGUAGUGUCGGGGGCUUUAUACAAGGCGGGGGAGUUUCAUUACUUGGACCCCUAUAUGGGAUGGGCUCAGAUAAUGCGGUGGAGUUUAAUGUUGUCACGGCUGAGGGUGAUCUCGUUGUCGCCAAUGCCUUCCAAAAUGCAGAUCUCUUCUGGGCCCUCCGCGGCGGAGGCGGCGGUACCUUUGGAAUCGUAGUCAACACCACCAUACGCGUCUUCGGCGACGUCCCAGGCAUUGCCUUUUCCCUGUACGCCCAGAUCUCGCGGCAGGACCCAAGAUACCCCGACUCAGUGAAGGCCAUCUUCGACAUUACCAGACAGAUCGUAGGUAUAUUUCCAGCACUGAGGCGGGCAGACGACGCAACAAGCGGCUAUGUCACUCCAGACAUCACACUGAAUAGCACAACCGUGCAAGUCCUAUCCGAGAUCCUGUUCCCAAAUACCACGAAUAUAGACUCCAUUAGACAGCGGCUGAGACCUCUAAUGGCCGCACUUGACGACCUGGGGUUCUCUCCCGUGUAUACGACGACUCUAACCGCGUUCCCUGGACUCUCGACGUUCUUUAAUCUGACGCGAUUGAUUCCGGCAACGGGACGCCUUGAGGGGUCUGUCAUGGUGUCUGAGAGGCUGCUUCUCUCCCGCAACGGCCCGUCUCGCAUUCUAGAUGUUACUUUAGGCCAUGCCUACGUCAACGGCGACCAGCUUGAGUUCUUCAUGUCUGCUGGCGGUCAGGUCAAAAAGAACAAGGGUGUCAUCGACAGCGGCCUCAAUCCAGCAUGGCGGGAAGCUGGAAUGCUGGUCAGCCUUCGUCGGAUCUUGCCAACUAGCUCUGCGACGAAACGCUUUGCCAAUAGCCUCUUGCCGGCUCUGCGCAGGAUCGAGACGCCAAGAUUGGGGUCGUAUAUCAAUGCUGCUGAUCCGGAUGAGCCGGGGUUUCAGAGGGCGUUCUGGGGAAGUAAUUAUGAAAGGCUGUAUCAAAUCAAGCAGAAAUGGGACAGGGACGGGCUGUUUGUCGUUAAUUCUGGGGUUGGGAGUGAAGAUUGGGGUGCGGAGCAGAUAUGUCGGGUUAGAUAG